AUGGCAGAAUCAUCUUCCUCUGCGGCGACUACGCACGUACAUACUAGGUCUAUUAGUUUGCCUACAAGACUAAUCCAUCCAAAAGCACAAAGAGUUGAAGAAGAGCUGAAAAAGAUUCAAGCUUUAAACUCUUCCUCAUCAGCUUCUUCACGAAUCCAACUUGGGCUUGCCCGGCUCGUCGAGCUUUAUGACUUUGUCAAUGACCAAGUCAUUUGCUCUCCUCAAGGCCAACAAGCUCUUCGCCUUUCUCACAACGGGAAACUUGUGGAAGAAGCUCUUGAUGAGUCCAUCUUUUUACUUGAUGUAUCUGACUUCACUAGAGACUUGAUAGGAACAUUCAUGGAGCAAAUCCAAGAACUUCAAUCAACGCUACGUAGACGCGGAGGAGAUCUCUCGAUCAUUCAACCCGAGAUCCGCGCUUACAUAAGCUUUCAGAAGAAAUUCAAGAACGCAGCGACUAGGCAACUUAAAUCCCUUGCAAGAACACAGAAGAAGAAACCUCUGGUGAUCAAACAAUCCGAUAGUCUUGAUCAACAUUCUUCUAUGGUGUCCAACAUUCUAAGGCGAUCAAACACAUCGACGAUCUCUAUUUUCCAGUCACUCUUGCAGUUUCUUUCUUCUUUGGGUGAGAACCGGAAGAAGAAUGGUGAAAUUGGAUGUGUAGAUAACUCUAUGAUCCGUUCUUUUUAUGGAAGAAUCAUUGGUAAGAAGAUUGCAAAAGUCACUAAUGUGCAGACGAUGCUCGGGAUAUUAGCUAUGCUUAAUGUGAGCCUUGAAGCAAUUAAGGAUGAGUUAAGCUACUUGUCAAGACGACUUAUUCAACAAAGAGCGUCUCUUUUGAACAUUGUUACUCCUUGA